GCAGAUUGUGUAAUCUGUAUUUUCUCGCAGAGAGAGAAAUAUUUUUGGGAGAGAGAGGGGAAGAAAUUGUUGAAACUCGGCAACACUGCCAAAACCAUCAAAAGCCGAUACAUGCCUUCAGUAGUAAACUCUCCUCAUAUAUUUCCUUCUGAUUUCCGGCAAACAUUCUCGCUGCAGCAAAUCCCACAAGUUUCUGUAUUGGGGAUUUUUUCCAGAUCUUUUAAUUAUAUAUGUGAAUUCCAGUGAAUGAUUUUCGAUAUAUCCACUCCAAGCUCUCUAAUUCCAAUCCAAUUUCAGCUAUUAAUCAAUUAAUCAUCACACAGUAACACAGAGGCAAACAAUUUCCAUUUUCUGAAUUUGGCCUAGUUUAUUAUCGCUUGAGCUUUCCCCGAUUUCGAUAAUUGCUUGGAUAAUUAAUGCUUGAUCGACCGGGGGCAACCCGCCGAUGAGAAAUCGGAGGCAGCGGACUCUCCAAGACAUAUGCGAUGUCACUCCCACUCUAUCUCAGCCGCAGAUUACCCCAGUAUUGAGAGGAAACCUUAGGAUGCAAGGACCAAGUGAUGAAGCAAAUUGUGACUCACUGACCAAUAUGGUGACAUCUGAAAAUAGCAGCCAUUGCUCCAGUAGAAGCUCAAAGGACCAUUUAGGGAAGCCUAGGUCUUGCAACGUGUGCUCUGCUCCUUGCUCUUCCUGCUUUCAUAUUAAUAAGGCUCUACUGAAAUCAAACAAUGAGCAUGGUGGAGAAACCUGUGCUGGGAAUACUGAAACUGGGCAAUUAAGCAUACUGAACACUGUUGGAGGCAUGGAUUCAACUGCUGAUUCCUUUUCUGAAAAUGCAGCAGGCAAGGCUUCUUCAAGGACUUCCAAUGCAUCCGAUGGCCGGAGAUCUCCAGAAGGUCAUGAUGAUUGCUUGUCAUGUGUCAGUGGAACUGACGAACUGUUGAAUAGAAAAUCUGAUACGGAAGAUAGUGGGAAUAAGUGUAAUAAGCAGAACAGCGGAGAAAUUUUUAGGAAGAUGUCACCUAGUAGCUCACAAACUGGGACAUAUUCACAAAAUUCAGGCACAGUAGGAAUUAAUCUUACAAAAAGCACUGAUGAUGCUACUGACAUACAGAAGGUUCGGAAUACCUCUGAAGCUUCCAAUGGUAAGAACUUACCACAUGAAGAAAACCCAGUAAACGUAAAGGAUGAUAGACCUUCAGAUACUAAAGUAGAGCCGUUGAAGGGUUCAACUGAGCAUUUAAAUUCAUCAUCACCUAAUGGUGUGGCUUCUGAUGAUGUUUGUUGUGAUCCUCCAAAAAUGAUUUUGAACCCCACAGAGAAGAAUAAUGACAUGGAGAUUGACCCUCAACCUGCUGAUGAGAGUGAUGACUCGGAUAUGGUGGAACAAGAUGUGAAAGUCUGUGAUAUCUGUGGGGAUGCGGGGAGGGAGGAUUUGCUUGCUAUAUGCUCUUGGUGCAGUGAUGGAGCAGAACACACGUAUUGUAUGCGGGAAAUGCUGGAGAAACUCCCUGAAGGUGAAUGGCUUUGUGAAGAAUGCAAUACACUGGAGCUGGCAGGAAAAGGAAAGCAAGAAAAGAUUGGAAAUGUGUAUGAAAAUGAGAAAAAUAAUUCGUCAGGUCGAGUAAGUGAAAAUUUAAAUAACUCUGAUGUUGAGGGACGCAGAACAAAAAGUUCAACAAAAAAUCCUUCUAAAAGGCUUCGAGAUGACGAAGAUGCUGAAGUUUCUUCUAUUGCCAAAAAGCCUGCCCUUGAGUUGACAGUUAGGUCGCCAAAGACGUCCAAUUCCAAACAAGCUGUUCUUUCUCGCAUGAGUUCUUUAAAGAACUUAGACAAGGUCAGACUACGGUCUCCAAAUCGUUCUACUUUAGACACAAUCCCAGCUAAUGAUGUUACAGAAUUGGCCAAGCCUUCUGUAGAUGCACGAGGGCUCAAUUUACGAGGUAAUUUAUCAAAAUCUAAUUCUUUCCAUUCUCUGAAUUCAAAACCAAAGACCAAGCUCGUAGAUCAAGUUGUUAUUCAGAGGCAGAAAUCAGCUAAGGAACAUAGUUCUUUUCAUCUUAAAGAGGAUGUUGUCAGAUCUGUAGGCAAAUCUAUGUCAUUUAGAUCUACAAAUUCCAAUCGAUCUGAAUCAAAAAUAAAGAUGUUAUCUCCUAGAUCAUCUAACACCCAUGACGUUAAAAAUACAAAAGAAAGGAGUGCAUUUGAAAGGCAGCGCUCAUUCAGAACAGAACAUCCAUCAAAUAAUUCAGUGAUGGGUGCUUCCAUGAGUUCGACAUCACGCAUUGAUAAAAGACCAUCCUUCAGGGCAGAAUCAUCUUCACUUGCCUCCCCAACCAAUCACCAGGAAGUGAAGCCAGUACAAACUGAUGGUAAAUCAACAGCAUUAUCGAGGUCAUUUAGUCUUGCAUCUCGAAGGAAUGGAGAUUUACCCAGUACUACAGGUGAAUUUAAGAGACCAUCUAAACAUGGCCAUAGUAUUCCUGUGGUUUCAUCAGCCAAUGGAGCUAAUAAUACUGAACAAAAAUAUAAUCAUACUAGCUUGAAGCAGGAUCCUGCCUCACGUGAUGUUUCUGAAAAGUUGUCUAUUAGUGCUAGUGAAGGUGUAUCUGAUGGAUUGGUUCAGUCUAAGGAUUUAGCAAAUUCCACUGACCGACCUAGGGAAUAUUCUGGAAGCCGCUUGGGCCCACCAUCUAUAAGGUCUUCAAGAGAUGAAAGUGACAACCUGAAAGCUGCAAUUGAAGCUGCUGUUCUGAGGAAACCAGGAGUCUACAGGAAACAUAGAGCUUCUGGUCAAUCUGAUCUGUCAUCUGCUCCAAUGUUGGCUCCUGUAGCUUCUCAUAUAGACCACAUGUCAAGUGCCAAAAGUAGAAAGCUAUCUUCUGACGCGGAGCUAGCUGAGUGGCCUCCAAUAACUCGGAAAUUUACUUCUGACCCUCUUAAAGAGGAAACUCCCAAUUGCAUAAAGCAGCCCUUGCUGCUUCGUAUGGAGGGUGCUUCUUCUGGAGUUCGAGAUGGUGUCCAUGUUGGCAUUUCCUCGAGGGAUGCACUCAGUCAUGUUCCAGCAGUAAUGCCUCUCUUGUUGAAAUCCAUAGCAAUCCCUGAGCAUGAAUAUAUCUGGCAGGGAAGUUUUGAGAUUUGUCGAAGUAGUCAAACAUUUGAUUUGUGGGAUGGAAUCCAAGCUCAUCUAUCUACUUGCGCUUCGCCUAAAGUUGCUGAAGCUGUAAACAAAUUUAAUAACAGAAUUAUACUCUAUGAAGUUCCUCGCACAAGCACCUGGCCUGCCCAGUUUCAGAAAAAUGGUGUUGGAGACGAUAAUAUAGCCCUUUUCUUUUUCGCUAAAGAUCUUCAGAGUUAUGAGAAAAUUUACAAAGUUUUACUGGAUAAUAUGAUGAAGAAUGACCUUGCUCUGAGAGGAAAUAUCAACGGUGUUGAGCUCCUCAUAUUUCCUUCUAAUCAGCUUCCUGUUAAAUUGCAACGGUGGAAUAUGUUAUUCUUCCUUUGGGGUGUUUUCAGAGGAAAGAAAGAACCUAGCCCGCAGCAAAUGCCUGAAUCCACAAUUGCACCUCGAGAUAUUCCUCCGCCAAUAAUGUCUUUGCCUGAAAAUAGAUGCUCACUCACGCCUAUCUCUGAUAAUGCAAGCCAGGAUAGACAUCCUGGGCUUAAAGUGCCUGCUUCAGAAGAGUUACAGGGAGUACCUAGUGUUGUUAAAAGAGAUGUUGGUAUGGAUAUAUCUUUUCCGGAUCAGCUUGGACAUGGGCUAAAUUCUAGUUCGUCAUCUACAGCAAAAGGUGAUGGUCCAAAGCAAUGUGGAGGGUGGGGUUCUUAUCAGGAAAAUGCCAUCAGUUCAGGGUGCUGCCCCCCUGUUGCUGUGCCGGGCCCUGAAGCUGGAAGGGACCAAACGCUAAUGGAAACUAAAACUCCACUUGACAAUCCAUAUUCACUACAUGAUUCCUGCGAAUCAGUGGCUAGCACGCCUAAGGACCGCACAUGUGAAGGAGUUAUAUUGGAGAAAACAGGUCAUCUAGAUGAGUUAAAGGUAAGAAUGGAUGCUAUAGAUCUAUCAAGAGAUGCAGAACUGCCCAUGGAGGAUGACAGGCGCAUUACAGACCUAAAUGUGGAGCCCGACAAAUGGCUCUUUAGCCAUAAAAAACCGGUGCUUCCUGGACCGUCAUCUUCAGGGAAUCAUAAUCUUUCUUCUGGAACUGGUUAUGUGUCGCUCGGAAAUGAUAAUAUGCACAAUGAAACUGUCAGAACACUUGAAAAAGUAAAUCAUGUUCCUACGGUCUCAUAUGCACUGCAGAGUCAAUAUGGUGAAUCUGAUCUUGGGUCUAUCCCUAAAUACUAUGAACAUGGGCAUGGUGAAAAGUUCUUCUUCCCUGUGCAAUCACAGCCACCCAAUCCCUGGAAAACACAUCUACUGGAUGAUGAUGGGCUGAGUGACAAAGCACCGAAUCUAGAGCUUGCUUUAGGGGCCGAAAGAAAACCACAGAGUUUGGGCAUUGAGCCGCUAUUUCUUAGUAAAAUAGAUCAUGAACGUAUUCUGGAAGAGGCGAGGAAGAAGAAGGCCGAGGAGGAUGUAUCAGCGUCCCUUUCCCUUUCUCUGUCUUUUCCCUUCCCAGAGAAGGAGGUGGAGGCCAAAAGUGAGCCGCAGCUCAUGUCUCAGAGGAAACAUGUGAAUACCUCUUCAAGGUUUCUAUUUGGAAAAUUGAGAGACAAUUAGAUAGUGUUGGGAAAAUCAUAAUGCUGAUUGGUACAGACAGGAUUAAUCUAUAAUUUUGCUAGGUAUUUUCCCUUCUCUUCAGUUUGCAACUCCAGCAGUCCUAAACGGCUGGUUGUAUAUAAGUAGAGUAUAGUAGCCUCAUGACUCUUUGUGAUAUGAAAUUUUUUUCUCUCA